UUAAGAUUAUCUUUUCUUAUUCUUCUUUCUUCUUUCUUCUUUCUCUUUUCUUUUUUCUUUAUAUCAACCGAACAAUGGCCCUCUUAAACAGUGAUUGUCCUGACCUUAAACUUGUUGCUCGCGGUAAAGUCCGUGAUUUAUAUGAAGUUGAUGAAAAAUCUCUUCUUUUUGUUGCCACUGAUCGUAUCAGCGCCUUUGAUGUUAUUAUGAAGAACCCUAUUACCGGAAAGGGUAAAAUUUUGACACAAAUUUCCUUAUUCUGGUUUGAUCUUUUAAAGGACGUCUUGCCUAACCAUUUGAUUACUGCCGAUUUCGAUGAAAUGCCUAAAAAUGUUCAAAAAUACCGUGACCAACUUGAAGGCAGAUCUAUUUUGGUCAAGAAGAUGCGUAUUGUUCCUAUUGAAGCUAUUGUUCGUGGCUAUAUUACUGGAUCAGGAUGGUCAGAAUACAAGAAGAAGGGUACUAUUUGUGAUAUUUCUCUUCCUGAAGGUUUAGUUGAAAGUGAGAAGCUUCCUCAAGUGCUUUUCACUCCUAGCACAAAAGCUGAAAUUGGUGAUCAUGAUGAAAACAUUCAUCCUUCAAAGAUGGUAGAAAUCCUAGGAGACAAAGAACUUGCUGAUAAAAUUACUCAAUCUGCUAUUGAGCUUUACAGUAAGGCCAGCGAAUAUGCUGCCAAGAAGGGCAUCAUUAUUGCUGAUACUAAAUUUGAAUUUGGUUUGGAUGAAAACAACAAUCUGGUCUUGGUUGAUGAAGUAUUAACACCUGACUCUUCUCGCUUCUGGCCUGCUGACAAAUAUGAAGCUGGUCGUUCUCAAGAUAGUUUCGAUAAGCAAUUCUUACGCAACUAUCUUGAGUCAAUCAAUUUUGACAAAAACACAAGUAUUGAGCUUCCUUCUGAUGUUGUGGAAAACACUCUUGCUAAAUACAAAGAAGCUUUUCUUCUUUUGACUGGAAAGGAAGUCAAGUUGUAAAAUAAUUAAACUGUAAAAUAAAAGAUAUCAAAUGGAAAUAGGGAAAACUUGAUUGAGCAAUGUCAUAACCCCGAGACUCGGAUUGCACUAUAUUGUAUUAAAACGUAUGAUUUUUUUCUUUUGCUAAUUUGCAAUACUUCAAACAAAUGGAAAACUAUUCGAUGCAUGAAUUUCAGUGUACCUACCACAAAGAAUACAAAAGCAUUCUAUGCUUUCCAGCGAGUACACAAAGGGAAACCUUGUAC